CUCUUCCCCUGGGCAAUGCCUUUGUUGGUGGAGUUACUAUACCAACUAGGCCUGGAGUGCCACCUGAGCAGAGCCUGGUACAGCUGCUCCUUCAAUUCCACUAGAGCCCUGUUAUUGCUGUAAAUAUUCUGAAGACCAGCUGAUUCCUGCAAACAUGAAUAUCAUCCUCUCUCGAGACACCCAAGUGAAGAUAAUGGAGAAUAUAGUCACCAAUGCAGAGAAAUAUUUUGGGAAAUUCUGCAUUCUGAUGGCUGCUUACACACGCAAGACUGCAAAGGUUCGAGACAAGUCAGACCUGCUGGUCAAGCAGCUCAUUGACUAUGGAAACACAGAGAAUCCUGAGCUGCGGACGACUGUGAAAAACUUUGCUGAGGAACUGGCAAAGGUGCAGGAUUACAGGCAGGCAGAGGUGGAGAGACUGGAGGUGAAGGUUAUUGCACCUCUGAAGAUGUAUGGGAUGCUCAUCAAGCAAACUAGGGCCGAGAUUAAGAAAUUCAACAAUGCCCGAAACAAUGAAAUAAAGCAGCUAGAGAAGUUGGAGAAGAUCCGACAGAAGUCACCAUCCGACCGACAGAUGAUUUCACAGGCCGAGUCUCAAGUACAUAAAGCCUCUGUUGAUGCGAACCGAACUACACAACAGCUUGAAGAGACCAUGGAUGAGUUUCAGAAACAAAAGCUAAAAGAUAUUCAGAAGAUCUUCUUGGACUUUGUCACCAUUGAGAUGACCUUCCAUGCAAAAGCCCUAGAGGUCUAUUCCAAUGCCUUCCAAACCCUUGAAAGCUAUGAUGCAGAGAAAGAUUUGGAGGAUUUCAGAGCAAAAAUACACAUUGCUUCUGGAACCUUCCAUGAGGCGAGACCAGACACUACAACAACAAGCCAAUCUCCUGCCGUCCCAUGGUCCACACAGAGCAUCCAAAGCACUCUUCAGAAGCUGGAGCUAGUGGAGAGUGAUGAGGAAUCUGAAGACCAGCUGCAAGAUUUAAGGGAUGCUGAAUACACCCAGAUUCGGAGGGUAACCAGCAGAACCACAUGAGACCAACUAUCUUGAUUCAUGAAGCUGUGCUGUAUUUAUUUCUCUACUCCCUGGUUAAGCUUUACAUUUUCAUGCAGGUUUCCUCUAGAUCAGAAAUGGACACUGAGUUCAACAGCAUCUGGCAGGUACUACAAGCUCCCAUCAGCCCCAACCAUCACAGCCAAUGAUCAGGGAUGAUGUGAGCUGCAGUUCAGCAAUAUGCUUAUGUCACCGUGCUGAUUACCCAGAUCAACACCUACCACUCCUUCUUCAAACUUGAGAUUUAAAAUAAAAUAGAACAUUAACUUUCAAUCUCUCAUUCAAUUUUUAAAUGGCUUGGGCAGAAGAUGGGAGCAUAGUGCAAUCCCACUUGCAAAGUUUCCUGUUCAUUCAGGAGGACUAGAAAUUUAAGAUUAUCACAAACCCACACAUCAUUUGUACAUAGACUGCUCAGCAGACAAGUACAUUUGCAGUUCAGGUGUCAUUAUCAGGAGUGGACAUUCCAUACUGCAUUGCCCCUGCUUGAAGAGGGACAGCCCAUUUCUUCUUUGAAUUUUUGCCACCUGAAAUCACUGGGCUAUUUCAAAGCAAAUAA